UCCUGAUUUUGGAUUAACUUUAUUAGUAUAAAGUAUAUUUAUUUAAUUAAACAUUUUAACUGUUACCUAUUAACUAAUAUGUCUCGAAAUAUAUCUUUUGUUAAACACGCAAAUGCCAACCCACACAGUCAAAUGAUGAUUAUGAAUAAUACAGAUUUUAUAUCAAGAAACUGUAUUGAAGAAGUAAUUGUUAAAAACAAAAUCAUCUCAGAACCCAAAAAAAAAUUCUGUGUGCCGAUCUCUAUUUGAAGAUAUUGACAACGAUGAAGAAAGAGUUGUAGAUCAUCAGUCUGAAGAAAUAGAACAAACGUCUGAAGGCUUCAUAAGUGUGUGGAAUGAUUCAGCUAUUAAACUUUUGAUCGAGCUUAGAAAAGACAAAGACAAAUAUUUUGCAUCAGCCAGGAACAAAAAUAGAUUGUGGGAAGACAUCUCUUCAGAAAUGAAAAAAAAAAAUUAUUGCUUUAAUGCUAACGUCUGUAGCAAUAAGUGGCGUGGAUUGAAAUUUCAAUUUAACAAAGUACACGAUAAUGCAUCAAAAAAAGUUACUGGUAAAGGCUGUCAAACUUGGAAGUAUUAUGACAUAUUGAACGAGUUCUUAGGGUCUACAUCAAAUGUUUCUCCACCAAAAGAAUGUUUGUCUUCUAAAUCAUUUGGUUCACCAGUGUCAAAUACUACAACAUGUCCCAAAAGAAAAUCGCCCAAGGUCUCAGAGAGUGGUCGUGGGAAACAAAAGAUGUUAAGACUUAUGGAAGAAAGGGCAAUCAGAGAUGAAAAGAAAAUAACAAUUCAUGAAAACCUUUUGAACAAACUAACCGAGGCAAAUGAAAUAGAAAAUAAAAAGGUUGAGUUGUUAGAGAAGCUUUUACUUAAAAAUAAUUAUUAAACUAUCAGGGCUGAUUUAUUUAUGUAUUUUCAAAGACUGAAAACUG